GUCGACCGCUAAGCUGCUCACUCGUCCGCACCGUAUGGACCGCUUGAACGGAUGAACACAGGGCGUCACGCAAAGAAUCGGUCCGUCCAUCAAAGGACAUUCCACCGAGGCAAUGGACACACACGUGGAUGCGCAGCCACACAGGCAGACAGGCAGACAGCCAGACACACGGUGGAUCACCCAAAUCACACACACACACACACACACAUUGCAAAAUCCUGUGUGUCCAAUUCCUCUGUGUGUCAAAUUCUCUCUCUCUCUCUCUCUGUGUGUGUGUGUGUCCCGCCCGCCCGUCUGAAAAGAAAUGGUGUAGCCGGACAGGUGAGGUGUCUGUCUGAUGCUGUCAGCAAAAAGUAAAGUGCUCUCUCCCCUCUCUCUCUCUCCCUCUACCUAGCCACGUCGGUGUGUAGGCUACAGCUACAUAUCUACCUGCACACACAGACGCACAGACGCACAGACGCCGGAUUGGAUUGAUGCUGUAUAGUAUGUCUGUGCCGCUGCUGAUAUAUAGACAGAGGUCUGUCUGUCUGUCUUGUUUGUUUGUGGUCUCUCACCCACCUGCCCGGGCCGGCCGACGCGCUCGGCGCCUCAGGAAUGGUAUCAGUAAUUGAACUUCUCCUGCACCCACACACAGACACAGACAGACAAUGACAGACAGACAGACAGACAAUGACAGCUGGACCUGGUCCGUCCAGCUGUCGUACUCGUCUUCAGUCUGAAGACCACACACACACACACACACAGAGAGAGAGAGAGAGAUCCUUAGCGUCUGUCUGUCUGUCUGUCUGUCUGUCGCUGCCAGUGAUCAAAGUAAGUGUGUCAGUACUUACGAUGCAUUCCUUGAGCGGCCCUCCUUUGUUCGCUUAUCUCCUGCACCCACACACAGACACACUCAUUGACAGACAGACAAUGACAUGUGUGUGUGUGUGUGUGUGUGUGUAUGGUCUUGACCUUCUCGUAUUCGGGUCCAGGCUGAAGACCACACACACACACAGAGAGAGAUCCUUCGCGUCUGUCUGUCUGUCUGUCGCUGCCAGUCGUCAAAGAAAGUGUGUACUCACGAUGCACUUCUUGUUCCAGCACUUGCAGCCGGUGCCACAACUCUUCCCAUUUUUGGCCUUCUUUUUGCAUUUGUCGUCGUUUUCCGAACACUGCUUACGGGCGAGUUCCUGCCAGCCAGUCAACCAAUCACACACAGCCACGGGAAUCUGUCUUCGUGUGUCUCCCUUGUAUUUGCGUGUUACCUUUUCCAAGUAUUUUUGGUAUUUUAACUUCUCAUCACCCAUGCCCACCGACGUCGCCUCUGCACGCACACAAACACACACAGAUACAGACAGAUACACCGCACCCACACGUCGAUGAUCAUUGGUCGUUGGGUUACUUUUGAGUUUUUCGCUCUUAGGUGGGUCGGUGAGGGCGUUGAUUUUUUGCUCGGCGGCCUCCAUGGCGUUGAGGGCCUCUUGAUGUGUGACGAUGGCAGCCUGGUGCACCGCUAUGGCGGCCUUGUGGCUGGCCGUGCCUCGCUCCAGCUGCUGCUGGAUGGCGGCCAACGACACCUGCAGAUGGGUACCCGAUGACAGCUCAGCCGAGGACCCUGCACACACACAGACGCACAGACAGAUAUGCACACAUCCAUCAGACCACGGAAUGGCACGGAUGUCGAGGAGCGGUGGUGGGCCGGCAUUGGCUCAUCUUCUAUCUACGCACCAGCCUCAACGAAGGCACUGGGGUUGUUAUUGAUGUCAUUGAUGGCGUCCAUGCGCUCCUCCAUGGGCACCUCUAUGUCCGCUGCAGCCAUCCAUCCAUCCACACCACACACAGAGCCUCCACGACGUCCAUAGAUCCAUAGAUCUAUCUAGCCAUCCCUCCCUCACUGUCGUCGUGGAACUCCUGGGUGUAGAGAUUCUUGCCGUGGGUGAGGGGAAGGCCCAGCAGGCCCACGGCCAACACGCCCAACAAACCCGCCAGCAACAUCCGAACCGACGUCAUCCUCCCGCUUACUCGGUGGCUUGCAGCCAGCACCACACCGUGG